GAGUUGCGCAGAUAGCCACUUGUUUGCACUCCACGGUUAGUGGAGAAUUUUCAUCAAAGGUUAUCAGACGCAAUAGAAUCGUAUAGAAAUCAAAAUGUUCUGUGAGUAUUGAGGGUUCAAGUUGUAUUUUCAUUUGCUCCGACAUCCACCGCCAAUUCUAGAGUCACAGAGGGACAUAAAAAAAAGUGUGUGCCGUGUUAUCUAUUUUCCUCUUCCGUGAGAAAUUUUCUCAUUGAGCUUUCACUGUGUGUGCGGAAAAGCUCCUGCGAGGAAUAUGAAAAUUUCGCAAGUCAUAUAGCGCGUGAAAUGUUCAGUGUGGUGGAAAAUCCUAUAUGUAAUUCUUUGGUUGGUCUAUUCGCGACAAAAAGCCAUUGAGAAGAUCUCAUAUCAUUUGUGAACGAGAGAAGAAAUGGGACGUCCAAGUCUACAAGCUGAUUCAGAAAAUUACUGACGUGAUUGUUGUGUAUGCUGUUCAUCAGCGGGGCAGGCUACUGGUGUCCAGAGUUGGAAGACAAUGUUUUCAUCAAACAUUCUGGGAGCAGCGAUAGUGCUUUUGGGUCUUAUGUUCAAACUUUUACCACCUGUUAGUGGUCAACCGGGGCAGCCACAGACAUGUCCGGCAGCUAGUGAAAUCUCACCAUGUGCUUGCCAAGUGAAGAAGAAUGGCCUGGAUAUUUUAUGCGAAGCAACAGAUAUUUCCCAUAUAAACAAGGCCAUGGGUACACUUAAAGGAAAGAGUCCCAUUAUUUUCUAUCUCAAACUUCGCCACAAUAAUUUGCCGAAAUUGCAAGGUUUCGUUUUUCUGGCUCUGGACAUUCGACAUCUAACUAUUCACAAUAGUAGUUUAGCCGCCAUCGAAGAGACCGCUCUUAGUUCCCUCGGUAAGGGUCUAACUCAGCUGGAUGUGUCUCAGAAUCAAUUGUCGAAUGUACCAUCGAAUGCCGUGAAAAAUCUCCACCAUCUCCUGAUUUUUAAUAUCAAUCACAACAAAAUUUCUCAGAUCCACAAUAAAGCUUUCGAGGGGUUAGACACUCUAGAAAUUCUAACGAUGUACGAGAAUAAAAUAACAUCAAUAGAACCAGAAGCUUUUCGGGGACUGGACAAAAAAUUAAAGCGCUUGAAUCUUGGUGGGAAUGAGCUAGCAACCGUUCCUCAGAAGGCACUUUCAAUUCUGGACACACUGAAGAAGUUGGAAAUUCAAGAAAAUAAAAUUAAAAAGAUUAAAGAUGGAGAUUUUGAAGGUUUACGCAAUUUGGAUUCCCUGAUUCUGGCUCAUAACCAAUUAACUGAAGUUCCCGCGAAUGUUUUUCGUCAUUUGACUCUCCUCAAUUCACUGGAGCUGGAGGGUAAUUCCAUCUCGUACGUUGACAAGGAUGCUUUUGCUGGCUUGGAGGAGAAUCUCCAAUAUCUGAGAUUGGGUGACAACAAUUUGCACAUAAUUCCAAGUGAAGCUCUCAGACCACUCCAUCGGCUUAGGCAUUUGGAUCUGAGAUCAAAUAAUAUCAGUGUCAUAUCGGAGGAUGCAUUUGUUGGUUUUGGUGAUUCAAUUACAUUCCUGAAUUUGCAGAAGAACGACAUCAAAACCCUCCCGGCAAUGGCAUUUGAAAAUUUAAAUUCCCUGGAAACACUCAGCAUUCAGAACAACAAACUAACACGUAUUCCUGAAGAGGUAAUGGAACCAAUAAUGGACACACUACGAGUUGUAGACAUAAUGGAUAAUCCCUUGGUUUGCUCAUGUGAACUCAUUUGGUUCCCAAAUCUACUGCAGGAUCUCAAGAAUCGCGAUGACGAGAUGACACAGAAAAAGAGACCCAUGUGCACAAUGCCGAAUGAAAAUCGUGAAUAUUUUGUGCAAAAUAUGCCCCUAGAACGUAUGAGUUGCAUUAGAAAGAAUAUCGGGCAACCGGGGAUGACUUUCUAUGGUGGGUCGGUAAACUUACUCGUAAAUGUAGUCUUCGUCAUUGCAAUUGGUUUAUUCGAUGUCGCUUGGUUCAUGACAACAUGCAUUAUUUAUUGAUUCAGUAGGGAUGGCGAUUUAUCUUUUGAGGAGCACAAUGAACACAACACUAAUUGAUCUCAAUUGAAUCUUUCUCUGACUAAAACUAUACAAAGCCAAGUGUCAGUGGCUGACCAUAGUUGUCUAGGAAACUCUCAAUAAGAUCAAUUUAUGUCAAAAAAAAGGUCAAGAGUUAGAACGUUAGAGCGAAAGGUGAAGGAGGAGAAGAAUCCCUUCUUUUAUAUUAAGAAAAAAAAAUAGUGGUUAACGGUUAUUGCAACAUUGCUAUUUUGGAUGUUGAAGUACAUAAGUUUAAGUAAAACUUAUAGAAUUUAAAUAAAACAAGAAAAAAGAUGAAAAAAAAAUGAUAGAAAACAUCUGUGAAUUGCAAUCAUAUCACAACAUUUUUAUAUGAAUUAUUAAUGUAUAUUAUUGAAAAGAGAAAGACAUAUAUUUACAUUUUUUAAAAAUUAAUAUGGAAUAUUAAAAACGAAAGUAUAAGUUUUUUAGUAAGAAAACAACAAAAAAAAAGAAAAGCAAAUAGUAAAAAAACUCAAUUAAAUAAUAUUUAGUGAGUGAGAUCUUUGAGAUGCAAUUUUUUUAUGCGGAUCGGAAGUCUGUCGUGUUUUUGGUAGUACAAGAGUAUAAAUGAUAUUUAAUUAUAUAUGUAGGUAUAUGACUAUUUGACAAAAAAAAGACAAGUGAAGAAAAAACUGUAGUAGAGAUAUCAGUAAAAUAUGGUAAAAUAGUAUCUUAUAGACAUCAUAUGUAUAAGAAGAACUAACCCAUAAAAAAUGUAUUUUCACAUAUACUUCAAUUUUCAUUAAGAAAAAAAAAACAGAAAAUCGUUUUUUUUAAAGAAAUUAUAAACAAGUAGUUUCAUGAUAAAACUUUUGAAUAAAAUUUGAAAAUUGAAAAUAAUAAUACUCUUCGUGAAAUAAUUGAAAAAAAAAUCUAAUUGUUUUUUUGUUUUUUGGGAAUCAAUUAAUUUUUACUUUGGGAAUGAAAACAUGUAAAAAAAAUUGUCUUGAAAAUGAAGGAAAAAAAAUUAAAAUUUUUAAAAAUUUCAUUUUAUUUUUAUAAAUAAAGAAAUAUUUAAUUUUUAAGUUUUCACUAAUAUUGUUUUAUAUUAGAACAUUGCACAAAAAAUCGCAUUAUACAGACAGAAAAUUAUUGAAACGAAAAAAAAAUUGUUCAAAUGCAUUAAGAAAAUUCUUUUAAAAUUUAUUGCGUAUGCCAUUGUUAUAUAGAACAAAAUAAACAAUUGGGAGAUGCUGUGAUGAAAUUUUCAUGUUAAAAAAAUAACUCGCUGGAUAUUAACCAAAAAAAUUGUUAUUUUUAAAUAAAUUAAAAAUAUGAAAUAUUGAAACAUAUCUUGACGGAAAUUUAUCGAUACAUAUCAUUAAUGAAUUUGAGCAUUUUUGUGUAAAAAAAAACAAUAUACAACAUUCUCAGUGUUUUGAAAAAAAAAAAAGAUGUACGUUUUUUAGAUUGAUAUUAAGUAAAAUAUUCUGAGAAUGAGAAAAGAAACCAAAGUCGCAAACAUAUCCAAAUUCUGUCUAUAAAGAGAUUAGAUAAGAAAUAAAACAGGGUGCACAAUGGUCAGGAUACCGUGUUCUUAUUAAUUAUCUUAUAAUUACAUACAAAGUGAGAAAAUAUCAAGCCUCUUUAUGACAGAUGCCUUUCUCUAUCUUAGUACUAAAGUGAUACUGAAAAUCUGAUUUAUUUCAUAAUUUUUAAGGGCUAAACUAUGUAAAUUUUAAGAACUUUUGUCUCACAGUAUAUAUAUUGUAUGUGGAUGCAAAAUGUUUAAAGCACUGGAAAGACGUUUCACUAAAAUGUAUUUUUGAAAAUCUACAUAAUUAUAUACUUUUCCAAAUCGUUUGUGAAAAUAAAAAUUUUAUAAAUCUUUGAAGCCAUAAAUCUGGAGGGAAAAAAAGAAUUAGGAAUGAUUUUCUUUAAAAAGUUUGAAUAGGGACUUUAUGCAAAUUUUUGUCAAUUCGAAAGAAAUUUAUUGAAAAGAAAAAUCAAUUUGAAUUCCUCGUCAUUUGACGGAAGUAAAAUUUACAUAUCUAUGGAAUAAAAUAAAAAAAAAACUUUACCAAAAAUGAGAGAGAAAAUACUGCAUGAAGAGUCAAGUAUUGAUGGAAUAAAAAGAGAUCUAAUAGAGUAAGAGGAAAAAAAUAUGUGUACACAUAAUUCUUAGUGUUUUAUGAGUAAUCACACUUAUCAUAUUUAAUUGACUAUUAAAUGUUUCUGUGUAUUAACCGUAUAAAAAAUUAACUAUUUAAAUAUAAUAAUAAAUCCGGCUUUUGAUUUUGUGUUUUCUCCUA